GGUUGUUAAGUCACAUAGCACAUAGAAAAACCUUAAUGCUAAACUUCCCUUGGCUUGCAAAUAAAGAGGGUGGAGUUGUUGGUUAUGCUUCAAUUCAUUCAUGAUUGCUAGCUUCUAUACAAAUGGGUCGUUGGCAGCAAAAAGCCAAAGAGUUCUUCUCCAACCAUGGUGGUGCUCCCACCCCAAAAGCAACCUUCCACCUCCUCACCAUCACACUCCUCAGCCUCCUCCUCCCCCUCUCUUUCUUCCUCCUCGCCUCCCUCUCCGCCGCCAAACACUACCUCCAAACCUUCACUCUGUUUCUCCAUUCACCACAACAACAACAACAACCCUUUUCCUUUCUCUUCACCCUCGCCCUGCAAAUCAACCCAUGCAUCCUCUAUGUCCUCGUCUCCAUUGUCAGCAUCGCCACGCUUAUCAACGGCUUAAUGGGAAAAAUCACUCUUCUGAACGAUUCUUCCACUUCCCCUGUUCUUCAACCCAGUCUCUACAUAGCAUGGAUUCUCCUCUGCGCUUUCCAAUUCUGCGUUGGUCUGGGAAUUGAAGCAAGCAUUGCAGCUGGGAUUUUUGAGUUUGAUAACUCUUCUUCUUCUUCUUCUUCUUCAAGUUUUGGAGAAAGUGCAGCAGAGAGAAGCCUAUUGAGCAAGGUGUUUUUUCUUCUUGGUCUGCACGAGACAACACAGGUUUGGUACAGAGUGGUGGUGAGGCCGGUGGUGGAUGACACUGUUUUCGGCGGUGCUAAGAAGGAGAAAUGGAUAGAGAGGGUGGCGGUGGCGGCGAGCUUAGGUGUUUUGUGGUGGUGGAGGUUGAGAGAGGAGGUGGAGAGUUUGGUGGUUAUGGCGGAGGCAAAGAAAUCAGAGCAAUUUGGAGAGUUGGAAUUGAAGGAUUUCAUUGGGUGGUGGCUUUAUUAUGUUACUGUGACAAUUGGGAUGGUGAGAAUAGUGAAAGGUCUCAUGUGGAUGUUCAUGGUUGCUCUUUGCAGAAGAAGGGUAACAGAGGUUCCAGUUUCCCCUGUUGUGGAAUCAAGCCUCAAUGAUGACAAGGUGUAAAUUUCACUAAUUUUGUAAUUUUUUCUUCCUUUUUUUAUUCAAUUCACCUUUUUUUUUCUUACAAAAAAUGGUAAAAUUUGAGAUAAAACAUUUGUAUACUACUGCCUAAUGGGUCAUGGCAUAUUAGACCAUCAGAGACCUAAAUUGUCAUUAACUGAGAUUUUACUUGAUGCAUGUAUGAAGAUGUGAGAAUUAAACUCAAAACAUGUUUCUACUUAUCUCAAUCCAGUUGGCUUUGAUUCAAUUC